AUGUUCUAUGUGCUUGACCAAACUCAUGACUUGAGGGAAAAAGUCAAUGUGAUUUGUACAAGUGUACCAUCUCCUGCUUCUAGUGUCACUACACAAGAUACAAGUGUACCAAAUCCUUAUUUUGGUGUCACUACUCAAGAUACAAGUGUACCACCUCCUGGUGUCACUACUCAAGGGACAUGUGUAUCACCUCCUGUAGUCACAACUCCAGGUACAAGUGUGCCACCCCCUGGUGUCACCACUCCAGGAACAAGUGCACCACCUCCUGGUGUCACUACUCAAGGUACAAGUGUACCACCUCCUGGUGUCACUACUCAAGGGACAUGUGUAUCACCUCCUGUAGUCCCAACUCCAGGUACAAGUGUGCCACCCCCUGGUGUCACUACUCCAGGUACAAGUGUACCACCUCCUGGUGUCACUACCUCAGGGACAAGUGUACCACCUCCUGGUGUCACUACUCAAGGUACAAGUGUACCACCUCCUGGUGUCACCACUCCAGGGACUCGUGUACCACCUCCUGGUGUCACCACUCCAGGGACUAGUGUACCACCUCCUGGUGUAACUACUCAAGGUACAAAUGUACCACCUCCUGGUGUCACUACUCAAGGCACACGUGUACCACCUCCUGGUGUCACUACCUCAGGGACAAGUGUACAACCUCCUGGUGUCACUACUCCAGGUACAAGUGUACCACCUCCUGGUGUCACUACUCAAGAUACAAGUGUACCACCUCCUGGUGUCACUACUCAAGAUACAAGUGUACAACCUCCUGGCGUCACUACUCAAGAUACAAGUGUACCACCUCCUGGUGUCACCACUCCAGGUACAAGUGUACCACCUCCUGGUCUCACUACUCCAGGUACAAGUGUACCACCUCCUGGUGUCACCACUCCAGGUACAAGUGUACCACCUCCUGGUGUCACUACUCAAGGCACACGUGUACCACCUCCUGGUGUCACUACUCCAGGUACAAGUGUACCACCUCCUGGUGUCACCACUCCAGGGACAAGUGUACCACCUCCUGGUGUCACCACUCCAGGUACAAGUGUACCACCUGCUGGUGUCACUACUCCAGGUACAAGUGUACCACCUCCUGGUGUCACUACUCCAGGUACAAGUGUACCACCUCCUGGUGUCACUACACAAGGUACAAGUGUACCACCUCCUGGUGUCACUACUCCAGGUACAAGUGUACCAGCUCCUAGUGUCACCACUCCAGGUACAAGUGUAUCACCUCCUGGUGUCACUACACAAGGUACAAGUGUACCACCUCCUGGUGUCACUACUCCAGGUACAAGUGUACCACCUCCUGGUGUCACCACUCCAGGUACAAGUGUACCACCGCCUGGUGUCACUACUCCGGGUACAAGUGUACCACCUCCUGGUGUCACCACUCCAGGUACAAGUGUACCACCUUCUGGUCUCACUGCUCAAGGCACAAGUGUACCACCUCCUGAUGUCACUACUCCAGGUACAAGUGUACCACCUCCUGGUGUCACUACACAAGGUACAAGUGUACCACCUCCUGGUGUCACCACUCCAGGUACAAGUGUACCACCUCCUGGUGUCACUACUCCAGGUACAAGUGUACCACCUCCUGGUGUCACUACUCAAGAUACAAGUGUACCACCUCCUGGUGUCACUACUCCAGGAACAAGUGUACCACCUCCUGGUGUAACCACUCCAGGUACAAGUGUACCACCGUCUGGUCUCACUGCUCAAGGUACAAGUGUACCACCUCCUGGUGUCACUACUCGAGGUACAAGUGUACCACCUCCUGGUGUCACUACACAAGGUACAAGUGUACCACCUCCUGUUGUCACCACUCCAGGUACAAGUGUACCACCUCCUGGUCUCACUGAUCAAGGUACAAGUGUACAACCUCCUGGUGCCACUACACAAGGUACAAGUGUACCACCUCCUGGUGUCACUUCUCCAGGUACAGGUGUACCACCUCCUGGUGUCACUACUCCAGGGAGAAGUGUACCACCAAGUGUUCCUGCCAUUAUCAGCCCCACUCAGACGAACUCUCCACAUAUACUGAUGUUAUAG